GGAUUUGUUUACUUUCAAACAGUCGCGAAUGCUGAAUUUGGCUUGAGCUCUGCCACUGGAGAAAUAUUUUUGAAGACAUCUGUGGAUUUGGAAACGACACCAAACUACAAUUUUGAAGUUGUAGCAUUCGAUAAUGGUGUUCCUCAGCGAAGUGCUACUGCCACGGUCAGUAUUUUACUAACAAAUAUAAAUGAUGUUACUCCGAUAUGUUCUCCAAAUCUUGUAACUGCUACACACAGAGAAGAUGGUUCGGGGGUGAUGGCAAAACUGUCUUGUAUAGAUACAGAUAGUGGCACUUUAACAUAUAUUAUAAAUAGCGUAAAUGCGGUGCUGGGUGCUGGGAUUUUCUCUAUUGGUGGAACGGGUACUGUAAGUCUUACUGGUUCUUUGAAUUACGAGACGGACAAAAUACACAACAUCAUUGUACUUGUGUCCGAUAAUGGCACGCCUGAUUUAACAACAACCGCCACUGUCAAUAUAGUGGUUACGGAUGUAAAUGAAAGUCCUCCUGUUUUUGCCUCCACACCAUAUGCUGCAACUAUCGCAGAAACUGAUGCUCCAGGAGAGUCAAUCCUUGCUGUUUCAGCAUCUGACGCCGAUACUUCAGAGACAAGAACAUAUUCUUUGUCCUCAACAACAUAUUUUAUCAUCGAUGCUCAGACUGGAGCAUUGAUACUUAAAGGUCCUUUAAAUAGAGAAGAUGUAGAUAAUUACAUUCUCACUGUCCAGGCUGCAGACAAAGGUACUCCGCCAUUAGUAGAGACAGCUUCAAUCCCUAUAACAAUAACGGACAUAAAUGAUAUUCCACCAGUCUGCAGCCCAAUAACCUAUAUUACAUCAGUUCAAGAAACAGAUCCUGUGGGAACGACAGUAACCACUGUCAACUGUCCAGAUGCCAACGACCUAUCUCCAAACAAUGUGGUUGUAUAUUCCAUUACCGCUGGUGAUGCAAGCAAUCAUUUUACAAUAGAUAGUAACACGGGCGUAAUCCAAAUUAAUGCUAUAUUAAACGCCCAGACUAUCCCAAUUUACUCAUUAACAAUAACCGCUACAGACUCGGUCAAUACAGUAACAGCAUUUACAGCUCCAGAGAGAUUGUUUACAGCCACAGUUCAAGUGGCUGUCUCACCAGUAAAUGAACAUAGCCCAGUCUUUCAAUCUACACCAUACAACGAGAUAAUAGCAGAAAAUUUUGCGUUAGGGAGCACCAUUGCCACAAUAUUAGCAACUGAUCAAGAUGUCGGAUUGCAACAAGGAACAGUUCGAUACAGUGUAGUAAAUGGUGACGGGGGUGGUCUGUUUGCUCUUGGAAUUAAUUCUGGUAAACUCAAUAUAGCAAAAUCAUUGGACUAUGAAUCAGCACAAACACACAUAUUAACCGUCAGAGCAACCGAUGAUGUAGCUGGUUCAGGAGCAGAAAAAUUUGCUGAUACCACCGUAACAAUCACAGUCACAGAUAUUAAUGACAAUAGUCCUGUAUUUGUACCUGAUACCUACACAUCAAAUGUAGCAGAAACUGCUGUAGUUGGAGCUACUGUUGUAAUAGUAACGGCUACAGACGAUGACUCAGGAGUCAACAAAAAUGUUGUGUACACAAUUAUUGAUGGAGACCCUAAUAAUGACUUUAAGUUUGUAAAUGACAACUUAAUAAUAACAAAUGCAUUAGAUUACGAAACAGUUAACUCUUACAAGCUCGACAUUUUAGUCACUGAUCAAGGUCUUCCGCCACUAACUGAUACAGCCGUUAUAAAUAUCAAUAUUCAAGCAGCAAAUGAAUUUCCGCCUGUAUUAACUGACACUUCACCUUCAGCUACUCUAAGUGAAGCUACAGCAGCCGGACAAAUCAUCUAUACAGCAUCAGCAACUGAUGCUGACGCGGGAACUGAUGGAAAAAUACGAUAUUCUAUAUCUAGUGGUAAUAUAGGUUCGGCAUUUCGCAUCAAUGACAUUACUGGCGCUUUCAUGGUUUGGUCACAGUUAGAUUUUGAUACACCGCCAACAACGUACAGCAUAAUAAUUGAAGCCCGUGACGGCACCGGAUUAACAGAUUCGUUGACAUUAUCCAUUACGUUGACUGAUGAAAAUGAUCACACCCCGCAAUUCACCCAGAAUACAUACACUCCAGCAGUUGAUGAAGACAAAACUGUUGGCUUCAUAGUGAAUACUGUCCAAGCUAUAGAUAAAGAUUCUGGAGUAAACGGACAAGUGACUUAUUCUAUUGUAUCGGGUGAUGGUGUAGGAAGUUUUAAUAUUGACAGUACUAGUGGUGAUAUAACUACAUCAGUUACAUUAGAUUAUGAAGUGAAACAGAUAUAUUAUUUAGUUGUCCAAGCAGUAGAUGGAGGAGUUCCAGCCUUGACUUCUUCAUGUUUAGUAAGAAUAGCAGUAAAUGAUAUUAAUGAUAAAACACCAGUUUUUGUACCAGCAGAUUUUACUGUCAAUAUAGCUGAAAAUGUUUCUGUUGGAACAUCAGUAACAACAGUCAAUGCUAAUGAUGCAGAUUCUGCUGCUAACAACAACAAUGUUAUAAAUUAUUCGGUUACUAAUUCAUUCUUUUUGAUUGGUUCUACCAGUGGACAAAUCAGCACAAAGGCGACUCUAGAUAGAGAAACAGCUGACAGUCACAUUUUGACAAUAUUGGCAACCGAUCAAGGCACACCAAGUUUGGUUGGUACAGCAACAGUAACAGUCAUAUUGAACGAUGUAAAUGAUAAUCCACCAAUUAUUACUGGAACAUAUGAUAGUAACAUACCUGAAGAUAGGGUGAUUGGUAGCACUGCAUUCACUGUUGUUGCCACAGAUCAGGACAUCGGUGUGAAUGGAGAAUUGGUAUUCUCUAUAACCAAUGGAAAUACAAACAACGACUUUAAAAUAGAUCCUAUUGCUGGGCUUGUUCAGAUUCAAAACAUUUUGGAUCGAGAAAUUACACCAUCGUAUACGCUGAAUAUUACAAUUAGUGAUAAAGGAGCAACACCUCUAACAGAUUCAAUAAGUGUUAUCAUAACAGUUGAUGAUGUCAACGACAAUGCCCCGAUAUUCACUGGAACUCCAUAUAUCUUUUCUAUUCUGGAAAAUUCGCCUUUAGCUUCACCUGUGGGAAGUGUAGCGGCAACCGAUCGAGACGUUGGUGCUAAUGCAGCAUUGGUAUUUGAACUACUUAAUUUUUGGCAAGGCAAUCCCACCAAUUUUGUCAUAGAUACAGCAACUCGUACAAUUUCGACGUCAGAUCCAUUAGAUAGAGAAAUGACUUCAACUUACAUCAUAAAUUGUAGAGUGAAGGAUCAAGGAUCGCCAUCAAAGUACACGUUAGAGAAUGUGACCAUAAAUAUUCUAGAUCAAAAUGACAAUAGCCCUGUAUUUGAUUCCACUAAAUAUGCUUCAACAACAGUUGAAAAUUCACCUGUAGGAACUAGCAUAUUACAGAUGACUGUCACUGAUGCUGAUUUAGGAGCUAAUGCAGUAGUGACCUUAACCAUUGACACAUCUACGGCACUGGGCACCUCCGCUAAUACGUUCCUUGCUGUUGAUUCAACUACGGGAAUUAUUUCAGUUAAGUCAAAUAUUGACCGGGAAAUCCAUCCAGGCUUUGAUUUCAAAAUUCUAGCAGUUGAUGGAGGAGCUUCGCCUUUGACUUCAACAGCCACUGUGUCGUUGAUAGUUACAGAUGUAAACGACAACAGCCCUACACUUAAUCCAGUAUUUUAUAAUGCCGAGGUUGCCUAUGCUGGCCAGUGUUCUAGAAUAAUUACAACUGUGAAAGCCACAGAUCCCGAUGCAGGAGUCAACGCACAGCUUGGAUUUUUCCUGACCGAUUCAAGUAGUUUCUUUCAAAUCGACAGUAACUCUGGUAAAUAUUUAUAA